CUUUGUGGUUUUCUGUCGGCCGCCAUUUUGAUAUAAGACUUUCAGUGGGAACGUUUUCUGUUGGCGUCUUUAUUUCGUAUUUUUUGAUUUAAAGAAGAAAAAAAAAGCAAGAAUACAAUAGUAAGAGGAAAGGCGGUUUUAAUAACUGAAAAUGGCCACGGGAGCAAAUGCAACUCCUUUGGGAAAAUUACACCCUAGUAUUGGCGCUAAACGAGGGUUUGACGCCGGGCCUGGGUCUGGAAACGGCUUAAUGCCAACACCGGGGCCACCAGCAUCUUUUUCCCCCAUUCAAGGGUUUCAGCCGACGAUGACAAGUGUGGGUUUUACGCAAUUCAAUCCAGUGCCAGGAAUUCCGAACCAGGCCCCACAGCCAGCGGUUGUGGUUGGUGGACCAGGGAAACCAGAUUUUGGUCAGAAGAAACAAAGAAAGAAGAGCCGCUGGAGCAGUGAGACUCCUGAUCAGAAGACGGUUAUUCCUGGCAUGCCUACCGUUAUUCCCGCAGGAUUGACCCGGGAUCAGGAGAGAGCCUAUAUAGUCCAACUGCAGAUCGAAGACCUGACUCGUAAACUUCGUACAGGAGACCUGGGAAUCCCUGUUAACCCUGAGGACAGGUCUCCAUCUCCUGAGCCCAUUUACAACAGCGAGGGCAAGAGGCUGAACACCCGGGAAUAUCGCACACGGAAGAAAAUUGAGGAGGAGCGUCACUCCCUCAUCACCGAGAUGGUGGGACUCAACCCUGAAUUCAAGCCUCCCGCAGACUACAAACCUCCAGCUACUAGAGUCAAUGACAAAGUCAUGAUUCCCCAAGAUGAAUAUCCUGAAAUCAACUUUGUUGGUCUUCUCAUUGGCCCACGUGGUAACACAUUAAAGAACAUUGAAAAAGAAUGCUGCGCCAAGAUCAUGAUUCGUGGUAAAGGUUCUGUGAAGGAGGGCAAAGUUGGCCGCAAAGAUGGACAGAUGUUGCCGGGAGAGGACGAGCCUCUGCAUGCUCUGGUUACAGCCAACACAAUGGAGAACGUGAAGAAAGCAGUGGAGCAGAUUCGAAACAUCCUGAAACAAGGCAUCGAGACGCCUGAGGAUCAGAACGACUUGCGGAAGAUGCAGUUGAGGGAGCUGGCCCGACUCAAUGGCACACUUAGAGAAGAUGACAACAGGAUUCUUCGUCCCUGGCAAAACACGGAGCCGCGCAGCGUCACCAACACCACAUUGUGCACCAAGUGUGGUGGAGCAGGACAUAUCUCAUCUGACUGCAAGUACACCAGCACCUUUGCAGCGCACAGAGCAACAGGCGGUGAGCCUCCCCAGUCAGCCCAGGACAAGGCACGCAUGGACAAGGAGUACCUGUCCCUCAUGGCAGAACUCGGCGAGGCUCCAGUCCCUUCAUCUGGAGGAGGACACUCCAGCUCCCAGGGUGGAGGACCACGUUCCUCAGGCCCCAACAACAACCAGCCACCACCACAAAACAGACCUCCUUGGAUGAGCUCUGGUCCCAGUGAGAACAGGAACUACCAUGGAAUGCAGGGGGGACCUGGUGCACCUCACAACUACCCUCCGCCCAUGCCCAGUAUCGGUGGUCCCCCCAUGCCUCCUAACCCUAGUGGUCUACCUCCACCAUGGAUGCAGCCACCUCCUCCACCUAUGGGCCAGGCUCCAGGACCUCAUGGACACCCAAUGGGUAAGACCUGA